UUUUUUUUUUCAAUUCACUCAACUACAUUCAGAUUGUAUUUUCUCUCUCUUUCUCUCUGUGCAUUCUUGUACCUCUCUCCCUUUCUUUAUUGCUCUUUCUAUGCUACUAUCGCAAUUGCUCCUCAAGCCAUAAUAUCUUCACUCAGCUGUUUCUUCCACUCAGUGUGUCCCUUCACUCUAAGCAUCUAGUUAAUUGCCUUUGUCUUACUAUCUUGACGUAAAACCCCAGUCAUUCUCUCUCUAAUUCUCUAAAUACCUUCCUCUCCACUCUUCCACACAAAAACGUUUGCCAUGUCCCGGCUGCUCUCUUCCACUACGCCUACCUUUACACAGGCACCAUACACCCCUCUCCUCGACUCUAGACGCUCUAUAGGGUCUAUACAUGAUGAUGAAGAACUCGAUCCAAACUCUAUAUCUUUUUCCUCAAAUCAAACAUCCCUGAAGAAUCAGCAAAGAGGCUCUCACACAAAUACCAAUGGGGAUGCCAGUCAAUCCACGUCCACGAAUAACCCUAAUGAUCAACAGGAGCACGGUACGGCUACUACUAUCUCCGCCACACAUGUCCUUGCCGAUGGCUUUGAUUCAGACUCGGAGAAUGAGGCAGAGUUAAGGAGAAACAGCGAUUCUACCCGCCCUCAAUCAGAUACUUUUCAUCGGGAGACAUCUGGCGAUGGUAGCAGCACUGUCGUUUCUAUUGAGGAAGCAGAGGACGACUUGGAAUCACUCAAAUAUGGGCGUGAGAGCUUCGAAUAUGAGGAACCAAACCAUGAUGAUGGAGGCGAUCACUUGGGUUCAGAAGAGAGCUGUCUGGCAGGAAGAAGAGGCGUAGAAACAGCAAAGGAAGGGGAUCCAGAUCAAGGAUUAUGGAUGCAAGCAUCGUCAACAUUGGUUAUUGCUGUCAGUGGACUAAUAUGUGCAGGCUGGCUAUUGGAUGCUGUUCAGCAUUGGGAUGUUUUCAUUGAGAUCUCUGAGCUUAUUAUUUUGAUACCUAUCCUUCUCAACCUGAAGGGCAACCUAGAGAUGAAUCUUGCUAGUCGACUAUCAACAGCUUGUAACAUGGGGCUACUGGACUCACCAUUAACACGCAACGCAUUCAUCAAAGGAAAUUUGGCUCUUCUGCAACUGCAAGGACUGACGGUUGGAUCUGUGGCUGGACUAUUUUCGUUUGCAUUGGGUAUGAUUGUACAUCCGACGACCAACAAUCUAGAAGAGAUUGCACUAAUGAUCUCGUCUAGUAUGCUCUGCGCGUCCAUCAGUAGCUUUGUCCUUGGUAGCUUUAUGUGCGCACUUGUCCUAAUCUGUAGGCACUACAGAGUAAAUCCAGAUAAUAUUGCAUGCCCAUUGGCAUCCUCGUUCGGAGAUUUGGUUACACUUAUGAUUUUGUCAAGUUGUGCAGCCUUCCUUGUGAAAUUCAUCCAAACAUCACUAUGUGUUAUUCUACUGGCGAUACUCCUCUCUUUGAUUCCUGUGUGGCUAUACUAUGUGCGCCGCAACAAGUUUGUAUCUGAGGUUGUCAAGGAAGGGUGGGGACCAGUAUUCUCUGCCAUGGUGAUUGCCAGCACAGCAGGACUCACUCUGGAAAGAUAUAUCAAUCAAUUUCCUGGAAUGGCCAUGAUUUCGCCCGUUCUUAACGGUUUGACAGGCAAUAUUGGUUCUAUAUAUGCGAGCAGGAUCAGCACAGCACUACAUGCAAAUGUCAAAGAAAGCUAUCGUGCUACGGAGAAGACGCUGUUCUUGGUUCACAUCCCUAUUGAGAUCUUGUUUCUGACAGUGAUUGGUUUACUGGGAUUGGGCGAUGUUCAAUGGAGUGCUAGUGUAGUGUUUGGCUAUGCAGUAGUAGCACUGGGCCUUGUGGUCAUCGCAUUAGUGUUGGCAAAGCAGAUCACUCUUUCGUUCUGGAAAUAUGGAUAUGAUCCUGACAACUAUGCUCUGCCAAUAUUAACCUCAUUAAUUGAUGUUCUUGGAACAGCACUACUUGUAGCUGGGUUCUGGAUACUGGGAUAUGGUCAACAGGCUUCAGUUACAGGAUAAAAGACUCGUCAUUUGUGUUUCUGUUUUAUUCAUAUGGUUCCUUCUAAAACAUAGACUAAAUAAACGUUUCUUAAUCUCGAGUGCACGUG